GAACGAGGUUUGUGGGACCCGCGUCCAGAGGCCUACGAGGGAGACCCUAGCCAAGAUGCUCAGCGCUCCUGGCAGUCGUGGGUGUGAAAAUCACAAAUGUCAUCUAAUGAUGGAAGAUCCAGGAAUCGGGACCGGCAUUAUGAUGAAGUCCCACGAGACUUGCCGGGUCAGGAUGGCACCAUCAGAACCCUCCAGACUCUUCAGGACAGUGAGCUGGCUGUGAGCGCUGAUCCUUUGCCACCACCCCCUCUCCCAUUACAGCCACCAUUUGGCCCAGACUUCUACUCAAGUGACACAGAGGAACCAGCCAUAGCACCAGAUCUCAAACCCAUAAGGCGUUUCGUCCCUGACUCCUGGAAGAACUUCUUCAGAGGGAAGAAAAAAGACCCAGAAUGGGAAAAGCCAGUGUCUGAUAUCAGAUACAUCUCUGAUGGAGUGAAGUGUUCACCUCCAGCCUCUCCAGCAAGACCAAACCACCGUUCACCCCUCGAUUCCUGCAAAGAUCCUUACGGAGGGUCAGAAGGAACCUUUAAUUCCCGGAAAGAGACUGAUGCAAUGUUUCCCCAGGAUCCCUAUGGCUCUCUAGGCCGACACACACAAACAGCUCGAACGUACAGUGAGAAGGUCGAGGAGUAUCACCUGAAGUAUUCCUACAUGAAGUCGUGGGCAGGUCUGCUGAGAAUUCUGGGCGUGGUGGAGCUGCUCUUGGGGGCCGGCGUCUUCGCCUGUGUCACAGCUUACAUUCACAAGGACAGUGAGUGGUAUAACAUGUUUGGAUAUUCACAACCCUAUGGCGUGGGAGCCAUUGGCAACCUGGGCAGUGUAUAUGGGGGCUAUUACUACAGUGGCCCCAAAACUCCCUUUAUACUUGUGGUUGCUGGGUUAGCAUGGGUCACUACCAUUAUUCUUCUGGUUCUUGGCAUGUCCAUGUAUUACCGGACCAUUCUCUUGGACUCUAACUGGUGGCCGCUAACUGAAUUUGGAAUCAAUGUUGCCUUGUUUGUUUUGUAUAUGGCUGCAGCCAUCGUCUACGUAAAUGAUACCAACCGUGGCGGACUCUGCUACUAUCCAUUAUUCAAUACGCCAAUGAAUGCAGGGUUCUGCCGGGUAGAAGGAGGACAGAUAGCAGCGAUGAUCUUCCUGUUCGUCACCAUGAUAGUGUAUCUCAUUAGUGCUUUAGUUUGCCUAAAGUUGUGGAGGCAUGAGGCAGCUCGGAGACAUAGAGAAUAUAUGGAACAACAGGAGAUAAAUGAGUCAUCAUUGUCAUCGAAAAGGAAAAUGUGUGAAAUGGCUCCCAGUGGCGAUAAACAAAGAGCCCCUGAAGUUAAUUUCAAGGAAUCGAGAACAACACACAUGAAACCUGAACUCUUGAGUGGACACAUUCCUCCAGGCCACAUUCCUAAACCCAUCGUGAUGCCCGACUAUGUGGCAAAAUACCCUGUGAUUCACACGGACGAUGAGCGAGAACGCUACAAAGCUGUGUUCCAAGACCAGUUUUCGGAGUACAAAGAGCUGUCCUCAGAAGUGCAGGCCAUCUUAAGGAAGCUCGAUGAGCUGGAUGAGGUGAUGAGCAGACUGCCGCGUCAUUCGGAAAACCGGCAGGAACAUGAGAGAAUUUCAAGAAUCCAUGAAGAGUUUAAGAGAAAGAAGAAUGAUCCUACAUUUCUGGAGAAAAAAGAACGCUGUGAUUACCUAAAGAAUAAACUUUCUCACAUAAAACAAAGAAUUCAAGAAUAUGAUAAAGUAAUGAAUUGGGAUAUACAAGGUUAUUCUUAAGCCUUAUUUGGAACUACUUUUUCUUUUAAUAGCAGAUUUAUUAUUUAUUUACUGCCUUUUUUAUGCUCUGUGGUAGAGAAGCAAGUGCUUUCAGAAUUAGGUUCUGGUUUAACAGGUAGGCAAUGUUAAACAAGAUGACUCAAACAUUUUGCAACAAAUUCAGAUUUACUGAGGGCCUUUACUGAGAAUGGAAGAAGUCCUGUAUUCAUCUGCAUACAGUUUCACAUUUGUCCAUCCCCCUAGACUGUGUUGUCAUUUUAGAGGACGUAUCCUUGUGGGGUGAGGAUGAGUGAAAUCUCCAUUCCAGUGCUGCUGUUUCCUUUAUAAUGCAGGCAGAUUGCUGUGAUUUUUCUAAGACAGAUUUCUCUUCCUAAAACAGUCCAAAGGGAUUCCUAAAGGAUGCUUCCUAUGGGAACAUGGAUAACACCUUUUCAAAGGUGUCAUUUCUUCCUUUGAAAGGGGUUUGAAAUUUAAAUCACCAUUUUUAACCUUUGUGUUCUUUUGGGAAUACCUAAUCUCUUGUGCUUGUUUCCUCUUCUAUAAAAGGGAACUAAUCAGAGUACCAACCUCUGGGGGCCACCAGGUGACAUGGUGUCUAAGAUGCUGGACACUCCCACAUGGCUGCCCACGGUUCAAAUCCUGG